CUUACUUCCCCGUAUUUAAGCUCAAAGCUGGACCGUUGGAAGAGCACCCACUGGCACUGCCACUGAGAGUGAAGUGACACGCAGCCCAGAGCACCACCAUGGGAAAGAGGGAAACACAAUCUGUAGAAGCCAACACAAACCCUAAUUCGCUAAUCAACGAUGACCAAAGCCCAAAGAUGUCGCCCUAUGAGCUUUCCAGAGAAGAGAGAAUCAAGUCAAACCGCGAAAGAAUGCAGAAACUCGGUCUGGUGGAUCUCUCUCUCAAGCUCCACUCCCUCACUGCUUCUAAACGCACCCCAAGAAAUAACCCAUCCUCAGCAAAACAUCCCUCUCCUCUGCAGCAAUCUGGACCUCUUCGCCGUUCCUCAAGGUUGCACAAUGCGACGCCUGUUAGCUAUUCAGAAGCGGUAUUGGCAAAGAAGAAUGGGCUAUUGGAGGACGAGGAUGUGAGACUAGAGGUGGGUUCAAAGCCAGAGGUUUACACUGAAAAGCAUGAGAAGCUGUUGGGCAACACUGAGAGGAGCUGGGCGCUAUUUGUGGAUGGGUACGGAAAGGAUGGAAAACGUAUUUAUGAUCAGGUUAAGGGAAAGACUUGCCAUCAAUGUAGGCAGAAAACUCUUGGUUAUCGUACCCAUUGCAGCAACUGCAAGAUGGUCCAAGGACAGUUUUGUGGAGAUUGUUUGUACAUGAGAUAUGGGGAACAUGUACUUGAAGCCAUAGAAAAUCCAAAUUGGAUAUGCCCUGUCUGUCGUGGAAUUUGCAACUGCAGUUUGUGCCGGCAAUCAAAAGGAUGGGCUCCCACUGGAGCUCUUUACCGUAAGAUUUCAAGCUUGGGCUACAAGUCAGUUGCGCAUUAUCUCAUCCAAACCCAACGCUCACAAAAUACUUCAGAAAAGGAUUCAGUGACUGUCAGUCAAGUUUCUGCAAAAAGGUCACUGCCCUUCUCAGAUAUGGAAAUACCAUCUGAGAGACCUCCAAUUAUCAAUGAUGAAAAUAUUGGACAAUAUGAAGACACAACACAUGAUGAGUUAAAGAUUAAGAAAGAGAAACAACUACCAAACAGCAGAAAUCUGACCACUGAUGGUCAGACAAAUAUGGGAUCUGUAGAGGUCAAUCAUGAGGCCAAUGAGUGCCUUGGAUUUUCAGAGCCUAACUCUGAAGGCAAGAGAGAAAUUGAAGCACAUUCUGAGAAUAUGGAAUCUUCAAAGGCCAACCAUGACGUUUGUUAUGGCCAUGCAGGAUUAUCAAAGCCGCCUAUAUUUGAAGAUGAAAGAGAGAGUGAGUUUAAAGGUGAGAAAAAGCAGCAAUUGCAAUCUACAGAUGAAGAGCAUGAUAAUUGCAAUAUUGUACUCGAAAGCUGUCCGAAACUUGAAACGAAGAGGGCAUUGGCCUUCAAGCCAAACCUAGAUAGUAUUGCUGCAAGAUUGAGGCAAGGGCAUCAGAAAACCAAUUGCCAAGGUAAUGUGGAGCCAACUGGUGUCAAUGAGAAAAAUUCUGAUGUUAAGCCAUCUGUGAAUAUGUUUUCUAAUCAAGAGGAGCCAAAAGAAGAGGAAUUACAUGUUGAGGAGGACAAAUGCACUGAUGGCAAUAUCAUCUUGGACACUAGUCCAAAGCUCAAGAAGAAAACUGCACGCACUGCUGAACCAAAUCCAGACAGUAUUGGCGGAAGACUACGGCAGAGGCGUAGAAUGGGCCAAGGCAUUGACAAAAACGGAGUUUAGCAUGCCCUGUGAAGACAGUAUUGCAGAAGGUGAGGCCCAUGAAGAAACCAAAAUGAAGAUGGAGGGAUGUUGUUGUUUAUAUUUGUGUCAGCGAGCUUAGGAUAUUUUUUUUGGGCCAGUGCGCCAGACUUGUGCCUUAGGCGUUGUUUGAGGCUGCUUUUAGCAUAUUGGCGUUCCAUGAAUGCUUAGCUUAAUUUUGACAAGAGCUUCUUUUGGAUCCAAAAUGGUGUUGCAUGUAGAAGCAGCUUAGUCCAGAUAGACCUUGAAUAUUAGACGAAGUUCUACUAGCUAAUAAUUUGU